ACACGAGUCAUAUUUACCUUUUUGCCACAACAAUCAUGGCGGCGACGGCGGUGGUCUGGCAACCCCGAGACGAUGGUCUCGCUGAGAUCUGUUCUCUUCUCGAACAACAGAUUUCUCCUUCCUCCGUCGUUGACAAGUCUCAGAUUUGGAAGCAGCUUCAACACUUCUCUCAGUUCCCUGAUUUCAACAACUAUCUCGUCUUCAUCCUCGUUCGCGCUGAGGGAAAGUCCGUAGAGGUUCGUCAAGCUGCUGGAUUGCUUCUGAAAAAUAAUUUGAGGGGUGCUUAUCCAUCCAUGGCUCAAGAAAACCAAAAAUAUAUCAAGUCGGAGUUACUGCCUUGUCUUGGAGCAGCGGACAGGAAUAUACGGACUACUGUUGGAACUAUCAUCAGUGUUAUUGUUAAUAUAGAGGGAGUUUCUGGAUGGCAUGAGCUUUUGCCGGCUCUUGUUACUUGUUUAGACAGUAAUGACCUCAAUCAUAUGGAUGGUGCCAUGGAUGCAUUGUCAAAGAUUUGUGAGGAUAUCCCGCAUGUCUUGGAUACAGAAGUGCCUGGCUUAACAGAACGCCCUAUCAACAUUUUCCUGCCUAGGCUAUUUCAGUUUUUUCAGUCACCCCAUGCUUCACUGAGGAAACUUGCCUUGGGUUCUGUGAACCAAUAUAUCAUAAUCAUGCCUGCUGCUUUGUACAAUUCCAUGGAUAAGUACCUUCAGGGGUUGUUUGUCCUCGCAAAUGAUCCUGUAGCAGAAGUCAGAAAAUUGGUCUGCGCAGCAUUUGUGCAUCUCACAGAAGUACUCCCCUCAUCCAUAGAGCCGUAUCUCAGGAAUGUCAUGGAAUACAUGUUACAAGUUAACAAUGACCCUGACGAAGAAGUGUGUCUCGAAGCUUGUGAAUUUUGGUCUGCAUACUGUGACGCCCAGCUGCCGCCAGAGAACCUGAAAGAGUUUCUGCCAGGCCUAAUUCCAGUGUUGCUCGCAAACAUGGCUUAUGCAGAUGACGACGAGUCACUUUUGGAUGCAGAGGAAGAUGAGUCGCAACCAGACAGAGAUCAGGAUUUGAAACCUCGUUUUCAUACAUCAAGACUUCAUGGAUCAGAAGAUUUUGAUGAUGAUGAUGAUGACUCGUUUAACGUGUGGAAUUUAAGAAAGUGUAGUGCAGCAGCUAUUGACAUUCUCUCUAAUGUAUUUGGAGAUGAAAUCCUUCCAGCAAUCAUGCCCCUAAUUCAGACAAAUUUAUCAGCCUCUGGUGAUGACGCCUGGAAACAAAGGGAAGCUGCUGUUUUGGCUCUCGGGGCUAUUUCUGAAGGCUGCAUGAAUGGUCUUUACCCUCAUUUGUCUGAGGCAAAUGAUAAAUUCCCGCUCAUACGAAGCAUAUCUUGCUGGACGCUUUCUCGAUUUGGCAAGUAUCUUAUCCAGGAAAGUGGCAAUCCGAAGGGUUAUGAACAAUUUGAGAAAGUUCUUAUGGGUCUUCUCCGCAGACUCUUGGAUACGAACAAGCGGGUCCAGGAGGCUGCCUGUUCAGCUUUUGCAACUGUUGAAGAGGAUGCUGCCGAAGAGUUAGUGCCACACCUGGGGGUAAUACUGCAGCAUCUGAUGUGCGCUUUUGGAAAGUAUCAGAGACGGAACUUAAGAAUUGUUUAUGAUGCUAUUGGAACACUGGCAGAUUCAGUUAGAGGAGAGUUGAACAAGCCUGCUUAUCUUGAGAUUCUGAUGCCCCCACUGGUUGCAAAGUGGCAACAGCUUUCCAAUUCAGAUAAAGAUCUAUUUCCAUUGCUAGAGUGCUUCACAUCCAUUUCUCAGGCCUUAGGUGUAGGAUUUGCUCCAUUUGCUCAGCCUGUUUUCCAGAGAUGCAUGGAUAUCAUCCAAUUGCAGCAGCUGGCUAAGGUUGAUCCUUCUUCUGCUGGGGCUCAGUAUGACAGAGAAUUCAUUGUUUGUUCUCUUGAUUUGCUUUCUGGACUUGCUGAAGGGCUUGGCAGUGGGAUAGAGUCUCUGGUUUCACAAAGUAACCUAAGGGAUCUGCUUCUCAAUUGUUGCAUUGAUGAAGCUCCUGAUGUCAGACAAAGUGCUUUUGCCCUAAUGGGUGAUCUCGCAAGAGUAUUCCCGGUCUAUCUACAACCCCGCCUGCUUGAUUUCCUUGAAAUUGCAAGCCAGCAACUGAGUGCAAACCUCAAUAGAGAAAACCUUUCUGUCGCAAAUAAUGCUUGUUGGGCCAUUGGAGAAUUAGCGGUCAAGGUUCGUCAAGAAGUCUCACCAAUUGUGGCCAAAGUUGUCUCUUCCCUAGGCCUGAUUCUUCAACAUGGAGAGGGUGUCAAUAAGGCACUAGUUGAGAACAGUGCAAUUACCCUUGGGAGACUAGCAUGGAUACGUCCAGACCUCGUUGCACCACACAUGGAGCACUUUAUGAAGCCAUGGUGCAUGGCAUUGUCAAUGGUACGUGAUGACAUUGAGAAAGAAGAUGCAUUUAGAGGAUUAUGUGCAGUGGUUAAAGUGAAUCCAUCAGGAGGUGUCAGCUCACUUGUUUUCAUAUGCCAAGCCAUUGCGAGUUGGCAUGAAAUAAGAAGCGAGGACGUCCAGAACGAAGUCUCCCAAGUACUGAACGGUUAUAAACACAUGCUGGGAAACUCAUGGGCGGAAUGUUUAUCUGCUUUGGAUCCUCCCGUAAAGGAUAGGCUUGCGAGAUAUCAAGUGUAACAUUGAUCGUACACCGGUUUGUAUCAGAGGAAUCUGUUCUAGCUUAUUCAUUGCAAACAACAAAUAGAGUCACAGAGUUUGA